CAAGGAGUGGAUGCCAAUCGCUUCCACCUUGUCGGCAUCAAGAGUGGAGGCGGAGGAAAGGUUGAGGCCGAAAUCAUGACCGAUGAACGACUAGGACGGAUUUUGUCCACUGAUUGAAUGGAACGAUAUUCAAAGACAACGAACUGAAAGUCGAAGUUUCAGCACCCAACACAUUAGAGGGAAUGACUGCGUCAUCGGUGCAGGAUCCCACUGUUUUGACUCUAUCAUGGCAUUCCCCUGCUGUGCGCUAUGCAGUAACGUACGUUGAUGCAGGCUGCCGCUCAGGCUAAAGUUCGUGAAUUAAAUGGCCACACCUACAAUCAUCGUCGCAUCAAAGUUCAAAUGAACAACGAGGCUUCCGGCCCACUUGCACCCCGUACCGUCAUCAUCAACAACCUCCCCCCAGAAACAGAUGAUGCUGAAGUGGUGACAUUUUCUGGAUCAAGUGCCGUGAAACAGCUGAAAAGCACACCCGUACUUGGUGUUGAUCAAGUCGAAGACCGUCUUCGUCUCCUUGCACCAUUCACUGUUCGUCGAGGUUUUCGAUCUAUCGACUCCUCAUCGAUACCUGACCCAAACGGGUUCCUUUCUAUCCGUGCUCGUUUCCACUCUCGAGACGAUGCCCUGAUUGCCCAUCAAUACCUCGAAGCCAUCAGAUAUGGCAAACAAGUUGGGAUGUGGCUACGUGUCCCGCAUCCAAUGGAUUUUACUAUAUCGCUCGACCCAGAACAAUACAGCGCACAGAAACCGCAGUGGGACGCUUUAAUUGGUGGCCUCGGAGAUCCGAAAGCCUGUAUGUUGAACAUUUACAAGCAUGGAGCCACUGUACGCAUACGCCUAAGCGGAUCUCAAAAUGAUGCUGUUGGUGCGUUGAAGGUCAAGGUCGAGAAUCUCGCUAGAGGUGAAACAGUGCAGGGUUGGCAUAGGACUUUGGCACACCCCAAAAACAAAUUUUCAAAGCAGGUUCUUGUCGAGACUGGAGCAUAUAUGCGAGUAGACCGGAAGACGCAAGCGUUGAAGGUGUAUGGCUCUGCAACGUCGACCGAACGUGCCCGAAAGAUGAUCAGCGAGGAACUCGACAGACUGUCCUCUGCCGACUUCACUACCACGGUUCCUAAGCCAGCAGUCCGGAGUUUAAUCAACGAAGGGGGCCUGGCUCAACUAAAGGAAACAUUUGGCGAGGACGCUGUCAAGUUCGACAUAACAUCCAAGAGGAUCACCGUCUCCGGUGGAGAAGAAGCGCGGCUCGCAUUGGACAGUAUCGUCCGCACCGCAAUGAGAAACAAUCAAAAGCACUCGACUGCAUCACAAACCGAGACAGCUUGUCCCAUUUGUCUUGACGAUAUCUCUAUCCCGUUCAAUCUGGGAUGUGGACACGCUUACUGUGUCACAUGUUUGCGUCACUUCCUGUUAUCCGCUCUUGAAGCCUCCGAAUUUCCCCUGCGAUGCCUUGGUAAUGAUAGCCGUUGCAGUAUCCCCAUUCCUAUUCCAAGUAUCAAACGUUUCCUCCCACCAGCGUCGUUCAACCGUUUACUCGAGGCUGCAUUCACCUUCUACCUCACCAGGCAUCCAAACGAAUUCAAGUACUGUAAAACCCCUGAUUGCACGCAGAUCUAUCGUUCCACCGGUUCUGAGGCUCAGGUGACCCUCCGUUGCCCGUCCUGUUUCUCGGUCACAUGUUCGUCAUGCGGUGAGUCGCACGACGGGCUUCAGUGUGCCGAAGUCAGGCGGCGCCAAGCGGAAGAGGAGGAACGGCAGAAUUCGACCUGGGUUGCUGCGCAAGGCGGGCGCGUCAAGAGGUGUCCACAGUGUAGCGUACUGAUAGAGAAAUUGGAAGGAUGCAACCAUAUGACGUGCAAGUUGGUACUUUUGACUUGUUAGCCCAUAAGACUGCUAACUCGAACAGUUGCGGUGCUCACAUCUGCUGGAGAUGUAUGGGAAUCUUCACCAGGGAUACCAUAUAUACACACAUGCGAGAAGCGCAUCAAGGCAUCUAUGAUAAUGAACCUCAAUUAUUCCAGGGAAUAGAUAUCCUAGAACAGCAUCAGCUCAUGCAGCAAAUUCAGCAAGAGAGGGACAGGGAGGAGCAGAGAAUUAGGCAUCAGCUCAUGCAGCGGAUCCAACAAGAGAGGGACAGGGAAGAGCGGACAAUUAGGGUAAGGCAGGAGGCACAGCGGGCUCGGGAAAGGGGGGAAGCCGAGCGGGCAAGAUUGCUUCAACAAAGAGAGGAACUAUUGAGGCGCGUGCAAGAGCA